AAACAUUUGAUCCUAUUUUAUUUUUCACCUAAUCCCAUCUCCCCCCUCCUUACCCGGCCAGAGAGAAAAAAAAGGCCUCGGCGCGUCGCAACUGCAAACCCUCGCUUUCUCCGAUCGAAUUGCUCGCCCGAGCACCACCGGUUCGCCGCCCUCCCCACCACCAGUCGCGGCCCCGCGCUCCCGGGUGGCCUAGGCCUCUCUCUCCCCCGACCGCCCAGUGGCGUUUCCCCCCGCGAGCUCCCCGUCGUUGCCGUGGCCAUGUCGCUCACCUGAGGAUACGGUCGGUGGGCUGUUUCUUGCAAGAGUCUCUCCCCCGAGCCCCCAAGAGAAACAGCCCGGGGGACGCGUGGGAGUUGUCGAUUCGAUCGCCGGAGUGUCGCCGGGGUGAACCCUGUUUUGGUGGUGGUUCCGUGUCGGUUUUCGCUUUAGCUUGGAGGCUAAGGCUCGGUCUGCAUCUGAGGAGGGAAGGGGAGGCGGUGGUAGCGUGCACGGGUCCUCGGGGGAUCGGCUUGAUGCGGAACGGCGCGCAGGCUCCUCGCGGCAGCGGCGGCGGUGGGGGUUUCUUCUCGGCGCGGUCGCUGUCCAACUACAUGAGGAUCAUGUCGUCGGGGGCGUCCACGGCCGCGUCCAGCCUGCGGUCAGCGGGCGCGUCGCUGGUGAACUCGAUCGCCAGCCACGAUGAGGAUGGGAUCCGUAACCAGGUACAAUGGGCUGGAUUUGAUAAACUUGAGUGUGGGGGUGACAUGCUGCGACAGGUUUUACUUCUGGCUUACAGAUCGGGUUUCCAAGUAUGGGAUGUUGAACAUGCUGAUGAUGUAAGACAGCUAGAAUCCAGACAUGAUGGCACUGUUUCUUUCAUGCAACUGCUAAAGAAACCAAUUGCCUCUAUGAAUGGUGAAGACAAAUUUGCAGAUGAACGGCCAUUGUUAGCUCUUGCUUGCGAUGGAACUAGCACAGGAAGUCUAAUCAGCCAUGAUAGCAAUGGCCCUAUUCUCAAUGGAGCCAAUGGUACUUACCAUAAUAUUGGCAAUGAGAAUCUUCCUACUGUACUUCGGUUUUAUUCAUUGAGGGCCCAUGAUUACAUUCAUACAAUUAAGUUCAGAUCAACUGUUUAUUCCAUAAGGUGCAGUCCUAGAGUUGUAGCUGUUUCUCAGGCUAAUCAGAUACAUUGUUUUGAUGCUGCUACAUUGGAGAGAGUAUACGUAACUCUUACCAGUCCUAUAGUUUCACCAAUUUCGAGUUAUGGACCUCUUGCACUGGGUCCUAGAUGGAUUGCAUAUUCUGGGAAUCCAGUCCCAGUUCCGGAUACAGGCCGCGUUACCCCACAGCUUCUUAAUUUGUCUCCCCUAGCUCCACCUCCUGGUUCAAAUGGCAGUGUUGUGGCAUACUAUGCAAAAGAAUCAAGCAAGCAACUGGCUUCUGGCAUUAUAACACUUGGUGAUGUUGGAUAUAAGAAGUUGUCCAAGUGUUAUUCAGACUUAAUUCCAAGUAGUAAUAAUGCUAUAAACCAAAGGAAUUCUGGCUUCAAAGCAAAUGGGGCAACAACAAACGGGCAUACAGAUAGUGAAUAUUCUGGAAUGGUUAUUGUUCGCGAUAUUGUCUCUAAAUCAAUGGUGGUUCAGUUCAGGGCACAUACUAGCCCCAUUUCAGCACUCUGUUUUGAUCCCAGUGGAACUUUGCUGGUGACAGCUUCAAUUCAUGGUCGAAAUAUCAAUGUUUUUCGCAUUCUGCCUUCACAUGGGAGUUCAUCGGAAGCUACCCCAAAUGGAACCUGUGUUCAUUUGUACAAAUUGCAAAGAGGCAUCACCAAUGCGAUCAUAAAAGAUAUCAGUUUUAGUGACGACAGUGAAUGGAUAAUGAUUAGCUCUUCAAGGGGAACUAGUCAUUUCUUUGCAAUAUCCCCGUAUUGUGGAUCAACAAGCUUUCACUACAAUGAAAAUAAUCUGGCAGAAAAUAGUUAUGUGAUGGAUUCAUCAGUUAAGCAUACAGCUCAUUGGUCUCAAAACUCAACCCCCGCCCUGAGUCUCAAUCAGAAGAUGCUCUCUGUUUCGGGCCCCCCUGUAACAUUGUCUGUUGUUAGUAGAAUAAGAAAUGGAGGCAACUUGCUGAAGGGUGCUGUUCAUGGUGUUGCAGCAUUUGCUACAGGUAUUUCCAGUCCAAUAUCUGGUGCGAUUGCUUCAACAUUUCACAAUUGCAAGGGUGCUGUUAAAAAUCCAGAUGGAAGUUCGCCUUGCAUGAAGUAUUAUUUAUUAGUAUUUUCUCCAUCUGGAAGCAUCAUACAGUAUGUUCUCCAUCGCUCUGUGGAACAGGACCCUGCUAUUGAUUUUCCCUUGAGUGCCAUUUCUUAUGGAUCACAGAGAGAAACUGACACUAGGUUUAUUAUUGAGGCUCUUCAAAAGUGGGAUGUUUGUCAUAAAAGAAACAGAAGAGACAGUGCUGAGAGUUUUGUAUAUAGUGAUUUUGACAAUGGAGAAAACGGUAAACUUUUUCAGAAAGUGGCAAAGAAAGGAACUAGUGUUUAUCCAUCCAAUGGCACUGGUGUUGAAAAGCUGAAGCUUAAUGGUGAUGAUAAUCAUAAUUUUUAUAUUUCUGAGAGCGAAUUGCAGACUCAUGUUGUUCCAACUCCACUCUGGUCAAGAUCUGGGAUGCAUUUUCAAGUAAUGGGGGAUGGCACUCUAGAAGCAGACAGUACUGGUACAAUUUCAGGUGAAAUUGAAAUAGAAAAGGUCCAGACUCGCAAUAUUGAAUCUAGGUCAAAGAAUCUUAUACCAGUCUUUGAAUCUCUUCAUGCAUCCAGAUUUCAACAGACAAGGGUGAGCACACCUGAUAGUAACAGAUAUGGAUUGCUUCAGCGUCAGAAGUCCGGAUUUUCAGAGGACGGUAGACUCUCCUGCAGAAGCAGUUGUAGUUCUUUGGACUGCAUGUCUGAAGGCCCAAUUAGCACUGAUGAUAAUGGUUUUGGUCAAUGUUUAGUAGAAGAUAGUGGUGGUGCUGUAAAUAAGGACCCAAAUGUUAACGCCCGUUCCGAGCUUGUAAAUAAUACUCAGAGCCUUAACACAGAGGCCCAGCUCGGAUUUGUAAAUAACAAAGAGGAUUGUGAAGAUAGAGAGCAACUCCUUGAUUUGUGAUAGCAACUGUGAUCAAAGACGAUCACUGGUGAUGGAGGAGCUUCUUGAAUCGCAAGAGUCUUCAUUGUGCGUGUGUAGCUGUUUAUUCUUUCAUUCUCCUCCCAAAGUUCUUGACCUCUCUUCUAUCUAUAGUUCUAUUUAUAAGCAUUCAUGGUAAUUUACUGAUAAAAAUAUGAAGGGGAGGUCGAAUUAAGGCCCAAUGGGUAUGGAAAUGGUGGUGCUGUGAAGUUGGGGUUCCUUACAAGAAAACAUGUACAUAACAAGAUUGUUCAUUGCAUUUUCAAUAAUAGCUCUUAAUUUGUGAAUAUUUGAAUGCAUAUAUGUCCAUAC